AUGUUGAGGACACUGUCCAAACAAAUCGGUCGCGUGCCUGCGGCGGCACGCGCCAUCCAAAAGCCUAUUCGGCCUGCUGUGCUAUCGGCUCGCCGGGCCUCCACCGACGCUGAUGUCUUUCUCCAGGGCACCAACGCCAACUACAUCGACGAGAUGUACCAGGCAUGGAAAAAGGACCCCUCCAGCGUCCACGUCUCUUGGCAGGCGUAUUUUAAGAAUUUAGACGGUGGUAGACCCUCCCAGGCUUCGUUCGCGGCACCGCCCGCUUUGGGCUCGGGCGCUCCCAUUGCCCCGCACACCAACAUUGACCAGAUCCCUACCAACCUCGCCCAAGAAACUUUGGACCACGUCAAGGUUCAGAUGCUUGUGCGUGCAUAUCAGGUCAGUGGCCACCUCCGUGCCAAGGUCGAUCCGCUCGAGAUGACCCUGGGUUACGACCCCAACCGUAAGGAGCACUCCGAGUUUAAGAUCGAAAAUUACGGUUGGACCGAGAGCGAUCUCGACCGGAAGGUCACUCUUGGCCCCGGCAUCUUGCCCCGCUUCGCCAAGGAUGGAAGCAACGAGUACACCAUUCGUGAGAUCAUCGACAUGCUGGAAAAGACCUACUGCGGUACCAUUGGUGCCCAGUACAUGCACAUUCCCUCCCGCACCAAGUGCGACUGGAUUCGUGAGCGUGUUGAAGUUCCUGUUCCUUUCAAGUACACCAAGGACGAGAAACGCAGAAUUCUUGAUCGCCUUAUGUGGUCUACUCUUUUCGAGUCGUUCUUGUCCACCAAGUUCCCUAACGACAAGCGUUUUGGUCUUGAGGGUGGUGAGACCAUGGUCCCUGGUAUGAAGCAGCUCAUAGACGCUUCCGUUGAUGCUGGUAUUGAGGACAUCGUUAUUGGUAUGCCUCACCGUGGCCGUCUCAAUAUGCUGUCCAACGUUGUUCGCAAGCCUAAUGAGAAUAUCUUCCACGAGUUCUCCGGUUCUGCCACUUUCGACGAGGGCUCUGGCGAUGUCAAGUACCACUUGGGUAUGAACUACCAGCGCCCCACCACGGGCGGCAACCGGGUUAAUCUGUCGCUGGUUGCCAACCCUUCGCAUUUGGAGGCCGAGGACCCCGUCGUUUUGGGCCAGACCCGCGCCAUCCAGCAUGCCAAGCGCGAUGAGGGUGUCUUCAACAAGGCUAUGGGUGUUUUGAUGCAUGGUGAUGCUGCUGUUGAGGCCCAGGGUGUUGUCUACGAAACUUUGGGCACUUGCAACUUGCAGUCGUUCAGUACUGGUGGUACCAUCCACAUCAUUGUCAACAACCAGAUUGGUUUCACCACCGAUCCUCGUAGCGGUCGCUCGACUCCUUACCCCAGUGACUUUGCCAAGAACAUUGACGCUCCCGUCUUCCACGUUAAUGGUGACGAUGUUGAGGCGGUCAUUUUCGUCUUUGAUCUUGCCGCUCAGUGGCGUGCUACCUUCAAGCAGGACGUUGUUAUUGACCUUAUCUGCUACCGCAAGCACGGUCACAACGAGACCGACCAGCCCUCCUUCACUCAGCCCAUGAUGUACAAGAAGAUCGCUACGAAGGAGACUGCUCUUGCUCAGUACGAGAAGAAACUUAUUGAUGAGGGAACCUUCACCAAGGAGGACAUUGAGGAGCACCGCAACUGGAUCUGGGGCGUUUUGGAAGACUCUUUUCAAAAGUCCAAGGAGGUUGGAUCCGAGAUGGAGGACCAGUGGAUCGCCAAGCCCUGGAAGGGAUUCAAGACCGUCCGCGAGUUGGCUACCGAGAUCUUGCCUCACGAGCCCACUGCUAUUGCAGAGGAGCAAGUCCGCAAGAUUGGUGACACCAUCUCCUCGUGGCCCGAGGACAUUAACGUCCACCGCAAUCUCCGCCGUAUCCUCGGUGCUCGUAAGAAGAGCACUGAUACCGGCGAUGGCAUUGACUGGUCUACCGGUGAGGCUUUGGCGUUUGGCUCUUUGCUUCAGGAGGGCCACCACAUUCGCAUCACUGGUCAGGAUGUCGAGCGUGGUACCUUCUCUCAGCGCCACGCUGUCUUGCACGACCAGGACAGUGACCGUGUUUACACCCCCCUCAAGGAGCUUUCCAGCGACCCCAACGAUUUUGUUAUUUCCAACUCACAUCUUUCAGAGUACGGUGUUCUUGGUUAUGAGUAUGGUUACUCUUUGCAUGAUCCCCGCGCGUUUGUGAUGUGGGAGGCGCAGUUCGGUGACUUUGCCAACACCGCACAGGUCAUUAUCGACCAGUUUAUCGCUGCUGGCGAGUCUAAGUGGAUGCAGCGCAGUGGUUUGGUUCUGUCUCUGCCCCACGGUUAUGAUGGCCAGGGACCUGAGCACUCUUCUGCUCGUCUGGAGCGUUACCUCCAGCUCGGUAACGAGGACUCGCGCUACUUCCCUACCGAGCACCAGCUGCAGCGCCAGCACCAGGACUGCAACAUCCAGGUCGCCUACCCCACCACCCCAGCCAACUUGUUCCACUUGUUGCGUCGUCAGAUGCACCGUCAGUUCCGCAAGCCCCUGAUUUUGCUCUUCUCCAAGUCUUUGCUCCGUCAUCCUCUUGCUCGCUCGCCCAUCUCUGAGUUCACUGGUGACAGUGGCUUCCAGUGGGUCAUUGACGAUGUUGAGGUUGGCAAGUCGAUCAACAACCGCGAGGAAAUCAAGCGCGUUGUGUUCAUGACUGGUCAGGUGUACGCCACACUGCACAAGGCUCGUGCUGAUGCCGAGAUCAAGGAUACUGCCUUCGUCAAGCUUGAGCAGCUCCAUCCGUUCCCUUACGAACAGGUCCGCACCAUCCUCAACUCCUACCCCAACGCCAGCGACAUUGUCUGGUGUCAGGAGGAGCCCUUGAAUGCCGGCGCCUGGUCGUAUGUCGAGCCCCGUCUUGCCACCACCAUCGCCGAGAGUGCCCACGCCGACAAGAAGGCCCGCUACACCGGUCGCGCGCCCUCUGCCUCCGUGGCCGCCGGUUCCAAGGUCAUGCACAAGGCUCAAGAAGAGGCCUUCAUCAAGGAUACUCUGGGGCUCUAA